GAAGGAUCCAACAGCACAGCAUCAUGGCCUCCAUUGAUGGUGAAGCUGCCGAGCAGGAGGAGCGCCUCAAAUCUGCACUCUGGUACUCGAUCGGUCAAUUCGUCGACGAUGCUCUCCUCACAGACGAUUUGAACGCAACACCACAGUUCAUUGGCGCUCUGACUGAGCUGGUGUACACACAGAUCGCAAACACAGCGAGCGACCUCGAGACCUUCUCCCGGCACGCCGGCCGCAGAGCCAUCAACACAGACGAUGUCAUGCUACUCACACGCCGCAACGAAGCUCUCGAAGACAUCCUACGGCAGGAGCUGGAUCGCAUGAAAGCUGCUGAAGGCAGAGGAGAGCAACAACAGACCGUCACAACAGGAAAGAAGCGAGGAAGGCCUUCUGGCGGUGGUAAGGGUAAGGGGAAGGGGAAGGCUUAGAAGCUAUCUAGAGUAGCGACUUGAUCACGGUGUUCUGGGCGUUGAACUUGACAUGAUACCCGUGGGCAUGCGAUGCCCACAAAUGAAUUGGACACAAUGAAAC